UCUGCCUGGCGCCUGUAAGUAGACAGACCGCAGAUGUAGUGUCCGUUUGGUGGUUGCCAGUUCAUAAAUAAAUAAGAAUAAUUGCCUUUAGUUUACUGGUGUUAGGUGAAUGUAUUGUUAAACGGGAUGUAAUGAAUAAUUUUGUAAUUUUCAACGCACUCUCCUCAAUAAUAAUGUGGCUUUACAUAUGUGUGUAUCAAACGGCCUUAGUGGGUGAAUUCAUUUGUAUGGCUGAAAUAUAGUAGCCUGUAGCCUAUAAUGGUUUCUAUAAUUUUAAUUGAUCUGCUCGGUAGAUGACAAAAAGUCUUGGUUAUCUGGGGUAAAAUGAGUGAGGUUGUAUGUUGUGUCGUUUUAAACUGUUGACGAGAGUGUUGUGCUUCUUUUGGCGGAUCAAGAAAUGUCUGCACAAUCGGACAGCUUGGAAAUAGUUCACGAAGGGUGGUUGACAAAAUCACCUCCUACCAAGAGUGUUUGGAGAGCAAGAUGGCGCAAGAGAUGGUUUGUGCUGAGACAUUCGGGGGAACUGCCGGGUCAAUACUUUCUGUGCUACUACACAGACAAGAACUGCCGGAGGCUCAAGGGCCGGAUAGACCUUGACCAGUGUGAACAGGUGGAUGCUGGGCUAAGGUUCGAGAACCGCCGCAAGCAGAAGUACCAGUACAUGUUUGACGUGCGCACACCCAAGCGCACGUACUUCCUGGCCGCGGAGACAGAGGAGGAGAUGAACAAGUGGGUGGAUUGUGUGUGUCACGUAUGCGGACUCAAGGCCUACUCCCAAUACGACACCACCACUUACGAUGAAUUCACGGGUGGGGAUGAGGAGAGUCCGUCGAUAGCAGAAAGGUCGAGCGUGGCUGCGGACAGUCCCCCGACCUCCCCCACCAGCACAGCCAGCGGACCAUACAUUCCCAUCUCCGAGUGUAUCUCUGGUAAACCUCUGUCCAGUCCUGAUGGUCUCAGCAGCUUCUUAGCCCUGCAGCAGCAGCAGCAGCAGAACCGCAGGAGUGGCACGUACGACGCACCUCGUUGCCUGCAUCCACCACAGCUGGAGCUGCGGAACUCGGGAUCCGCCACGCCUCCGUUGCAGAGUCCCGCCACCGAUGGAGAGAGCGUGUUCACGGACGAAGAGUGGACCGGCCCGGCUCCAAAACCCAAUGUCAACUGGGAGACAUUUCCCCGUCCAUCGGAUAGCUCUGCAGAUGGCGAUACUCCCAACCCGAAUAGUGUAGUCACCGUUGGGAAGAGAUUUACUAGGAACCUAGAUGACGUCGUUAUCCCUGUAGCUCCUCCCCGGCCACCAAAACCAUCCCAUUUAGUCACAAACGAUAACAACCAUAGUUACUCCAACAUCGAGGAAUUCUCAAAUGGCGUAGAUGAGAAAAAGACGGACGGGGUUAAUGACGAAACUUACGAUUUUCCGAGAUCCCAUAAUCUCACAAAUGAGAGUGAAUGGAGUGAGUAUCCCGUGCCCCAAGCGAGGCACUGUUACUCCAAUGCCGCUCCUGGGAGAGUUAACGGGGACGUGUUUCGCUAUGACUUUGCUUCGACAGCUCAGUUGUCGGGACAGGUGGAGGCCAGCUCCCCGGCAGCCUCGGACUCUUCGUCUGUGGCACUGUACUCCAACCUUCCCUCUCCGGCCAUUUCACUCACCACACCCCCUGCUGCUCCCCCUGUCGUCAAUCGGGGACUCAAACCCGGGCGCAAGGACUCUAUAGCUUCCAACGAACCCUCACCGGUAGCGCUUCCCUCUCAUCCUCCCAGUAUCGACCGCAAGCUGAAACCUGUGCCGGCAGCUAGGAAGAAGAUAGGAUUGCACGAUGACGGUGUCCAUAACAAUGUACUGAAGCUGUCCGCACCGCCGCUGGGUCGUCUGACUGACGGUAGCCAGAGCCUGCGCAGGAUCCGCGCAGCUCCCAGCCCCACCCCUCAAGCAGCACAACGCAGAAACUCUGAUACCUGUGAUGACCUCCAUGCGCAGGAAUACUUCUAUGACUUGAUUUCGUUGAACACUUCACGAAAUGACGAGAUACAGUACCUGGACCUGGCAUUGGGCUCAUCAACCUCGUCCCCCACGUUGCCUGUGACACCUCCCAGUGUUGAACCAGUCGCCCCCUCCACCACAGUUUACAAGACAGUGGACUUCCUGAAAACUGUGGCAUUCAAUCGCACAAGAGAGAAAGUAGAACAGGAACGCAAAGGCAAACCGGUUCAUUGACAGUGUCCGCGUACAUUGCCUGUGACACCUUAACCCAGUUACCUCUUUCCCCAUUCCAGUACACAGGAAAUGGACUUCAAGCAUUCAACCUCACGAGAGAAAAUAGAACAGGAACGCAAGUGCAAACUGGUCAACUGAAAGUGUCCCCGUACACUCUGCCUGUGGCACCUUCCAGCAUUGGUCUAUAGCUUACUAGACUAUGAAGUUCCUAAAAACAAAGGACUUCAACUACGACAAGGGGAAAGUAAAAAUGGCACAGUUCCACUUCUCAAAUCAAAGUCCUUCAACUCCACCAGGGAGGUAGUGGAAUAAAACCGCAGUGGCAAACAUUCACAGAAUCUCCCUCCUGCACGUUGUCUGUAACAUCUCCCAUUUUAUCCCAGUCACUCCUUCUCCCAUAGUUUAUAAGACAGUAGAUUCCCUAAAAACAGAAACAUUCACUGCACCUGGUGAAAUUGGAGUGGACACAAGCGCAAACCAGUCCACUGAAUCUCUCGCACACUAUCGAUGCCACCUAUCAGCAUUUAUACGUAAUUUAAAAGACAGCAACUUCCUAAAAACAGUGGCCUUUAACCACACCAGUGGAUUAAGAAUGCAAUAGCGAAAACCUGUAAACCGUUGUCUUACACUGAAGGUCUCUGUAGAAGCUGCUAGAAAAUUGUAGUGUAAGAUUUUUUAGUAUAGUAAAAUUCCACAUUACUGGUAUUCUGUUAUUUUAAGAAGAAUGUAGUGGGAGGGAAGUAAUUUUAAACAGAAUGUGCCUACUGUUUAUCUUAGUAAAUACAAAUACAUUAAACAUUCAGUGUUUUGUUAUAUUAAAAAGGCUCAAAAUCCCAAAUUACAGUAUUUAAAAAGUGUUUUUUAAAUGAUUUUGAUAUUGCAUGUUUAAAAAACAAUAGCCUAUUCUGAUGAUUUUUUUAAAAUUGUUCAUAACCUUUUAAAUAGUUUUAAGCCUAUAAAACUAAAUUAUGUACGGAUAUAAAACUAGCAGCAUAAAUAAUUUUAUGUAAGUAAAGAGGGCAUAAUUAUCAGAAACUAACUAAAAGAGAAAGUUGAUGUUUCUUUUAGUUAUUCUGGAAACUGAAUUAUAUAGACUAUCUGUAGUUGUAGCAGUAGUUAAUUAAAUAAAUAAAACUGCGCAAAAGACGAAAUUGGACUUAUUAUCGAUUACCAUAGUUACACUUGUAUUUACCUCCUUGUGUUUUUUUAUAUAUAUUUAUGAUAAAUAUUAGAAAUGAUUAUCUAUAAUAUUCAGCGCUUUGUAACACGUGUUCUAUGUGCCUUGUAUGGGUGUGUCUUAUAAAACCACUUUUAACCUAACGUAAUUGUUAAAUAUUUUAUGAUCUAUUGACUUCGAUGUGAUUGUAUUUUUAUUGUAAUGUUUGUAAAUUAUUCGUGUGUAAUGGACAAUUUUAUUUGUUUAGUUAAAUAAACGUAUGUGGUCAAUGCCUUAAUUUUAAAAUGAUAAAUCGUGUUAUGUAUUUGUUAAUUGUGUUUUGUACUCCUAUAAAUGCCAAAAUCGUGUAGUAAGGCUUUGGAUAGUAAUCGUUAAUUUUAUACUGUAAAAAUGAUUGUGUGCUGUUGCAAAAAUUUGAAUGAUUUAUAACGUUGCCAUUAUUAUAUAUAUAAAAUAUGUCCAUACAUAUUUUGAAUUAUCUAUGGACACAUUUCGUUUUUAAGUUAUAAUUAACAUUGGAUAAGUUUGUUUUGUUUCAAAUAUUUGCCAAGUUAUACUGAAAUAAAUUCUUAUGGACGUAUGGUUUGGUGAAUUUUGUUGAUAUAUUUUGAUAUACAUGGUAAUCAAAAAGUAAUUAUGUUCAAAACCUGGUUAGCUUAGUCUUCUCAGUGCAUUAAUAAAAAGUUUACUCCAUAUGCUAAUUUUUUGAGUCAGUACAGGAACUAUCAUGUCUUCACAAUACAAAUUUACUGGUCAACAAGUACGAAAACGUAUUAAACUUUGCUAACCAAAAUAACAACUCCUUCAGUUUCAGACUUGUGGUUGAAAAUUAAAUAGAUCAUUUUAUAGGUUAUAAUUUAUAUAUGAGCUGAUAGUAACAUUCCAAAUGGUUCAAUAUUUAAUACAGUAAUUUGAAACACAAAUUCGGAUGAAAUCCUUUUGUUACAAGAGACCAGUUUGUUUUAAGUAUAAAUUAAUGUGAAGAGAUAAACUUCAAUGCUUAAUAAGUUAGUUCAGUCGAACAUUGAUAACAUGCUAAUGGCAAUAGUAUUUAAAAAUUCACCCAAAAUUUUAUUUUUAUUCGCAUAAUUCACAUCUGGAUCAUGAACUGUCAGAGAUUACCAAAGUUGCGCUUGGAUUGCAUCUACUAGGUUUUAUCAAUUGAGAUUCUUAAGUUCUCCUUUCUAACACUUAAGGGCCUAAUAUUAAAAAAAAACUUUUUCAAGUAAUGUCAUAAGAAAUUUUAUUCCAAAGAUGUGUUUGAAAAUAUUAAUAUAUGAAAACAUUAAAAUGGGGCAGGGAACUUUUUGAUUACCUAUGUAGUUUAAUCUUCCAUUAAAGAAUCAUUUUGUUGUAUAGGCCAGUAUCGUAAAUUUCAAAUCUCUCAAACUGUCUGAAAUAGUGUUAAAGCACAUACGUACAAGAUAUAUUGUACUUGAGCAGAGUAUUGCUGCAUCACUCGAUGUAGAUCGAUUCACCUUUCUUACUACUGCAGAGUGUUCCAAGUAGCAGUAGCAGUAGCAGAGUAGUAGGCUGGCUACGUGUUCUAGUCGGAUCUAAGUGCCUAACCCAGUCUUCAAUGGAUUGAUCUCUGCGAAAAGCAUUGUAUGGAUAAAUUUCAUAUAAAUGGACGAGUAUGAUUGAUAUUUGAUUAUUAUAGUUGUAACGACUUGUGUCUUUCAAAAUACUAUGUAUUUUCUCAAAUUUGUUUGUAAUAAUUUUUUAUGUUUAAAUAUUUAAUAUUGCCAAAUAAUGUUUAUAAUGAAAGUGUUGCUAAAUAAAUUAUAUAUCGUGUUUA